GGUUUUCCUACUAUACUGCAGAGUGCAGACAAGAAGAGCGUUGACCACAUGCGUUCGUGUUCGUGUUUUACCUUUUUUUUUAUCUCAAAUAAAGUUCGGAAAUGUACAUUGUUUACGUAAUACAUGAUUAUGAGAUUAUUUCCGGUUUAAAGUAAGACGUGUAGUGGACUUUAUUAGCCAUGUAAAUAAACCUGACGCAUCUGUUAUUUUAUUUUUUAAAGUUUAAACUUAUCGCCUUGUGAACCACAAUUUUUACUGCCCGCCACAUAUAUAUAUCUUUUAAUAAAUCAUACUCAUAUAUAACGUAUGUAUUACAACAAUAUUAACAAUUACCAAUUAUUUAAUACCGUAUCUAUAUAUAUUUUAAGUUACAAUAAUCGAGUUUCAUUUUUAUCGAUUUAAUACAAAAUACGCCGAGUCAGCGUGCACGUUUUCCUAGACCUCGUGUUAAUUUUAAAAUUUUCAUAUUUUAUUAUCCGCUAAAAUAAAUUUCCUAUCAGUCAUUAAUUUUAUCAGUAAUUCGUGUCCAUUAAUUCUGUGAUUCAAAAAUUAAUUACCAGUUGAAUUUAUCACUACAGAGCGCAGCACGUCAUCAUCAAACUCUGGGUAUUUUUCUACGCACGUUUAAUAUUUUAUCGUGAUAAUUGUAAACGUGUAUAAGUAAACGUGUUAAGUAACAAUAUAAUUUUAUAACAAUAAUAGUAAGACUAAAAAUUCAAAAAUUUUAAAUAUAAUAAAUAAUUACCGCGUUAUAGUGCUGAUUAAUAAAAAUAAAAUGAUGAAAUAGCGAUGCAUUGGCUCCGAUAAAAAUGAAUAUAAAAAUAUGUUCGAUGAUUAAGAUUUAAAAUGUGUGGUAAUGGAUCAUAAGUAGCAGUAAUAAAAAAAGGUCGGUUUAUAUAAAAGUCAAAGAUUUGAAUAAUAAUUCAAAAAUAUUGUAAGCGGGUUCGUAGCGGCGGAUACCUCGUGUUUUUGUCUCUACAAAUAAUUCAACAUGGCUACCAAAGUGGCUAGUAGUACUCAGGGUAGUACUGAUGCUCAUGAGGGCCCGGGUGUUUCGUAUGCCAGCGUGCUUAAUCCAAAGAGUGCCGGCGAGCCGCUUCAGCAAACACCGACUACAAAAGAAUGUAAUAAAGAAAAUAUUGAUCAAUUACACUCAGCUGCUAAGGAACGUGUUCCUUUGCAGAGCCAACAUAAUAAUAAUGUACCGAGAGGUGGGAGGAAUAGUCAAAAAAAUCCCAAGAGAUUUAAUUCCGGGUACUAUGGGUCUAAGUAUGAGCGAAGAUAUCAUGGUAACACUGGAGGACAUGAUGAACGUGAUGGUAAAACCAAUAGAUCGGAUAAUUAUAACCAGGAAAAGAAAGAUUUUACGCAGCGCAAUCGGGUAAAUCAGCAGCCGGAUGAUAGAUUAAGUACUGAUGUGACUGGGGAUGGAGACUUUCAGACGGUCGCUCCCAAGUCUGCGAGAAGGAAAGAAAAAUUUCAGGAAAAAUACCGGGAUCAUCAUCACUCUCAUAGGGAGAGACACAAACAGUAUGACCGGAAUCCGAGAACUAGGAGUGCGGGCAGCAAGGAGAGAACGCACAGAGAAAAAAUAGAAAGACACUCUGGCGAUCAUCCUCCGGCUAAAGAUGUUAAGGAUGUUAAGGAUGACAGAGAAGAAAUGGAGACUAAUGAACCCCAAGCACCAGUUAAAUAUGUCGCGGCACCACUGCCUGCUGUUAAUCCCUGGACCAAAAGCACCCUCGCUCAAACUGCCUCUGGUUCGGCAAAUCCUGCUCCACCUGCACCCGUCAGUCUUCCGGUUCCGCCACAGCCUACGCCGGCACCUCCAGUGCCGAUGCAGAAGGAAAAACGAGUACUGCAGCCCCAGCAGCAAGGAAAAACUACCGAAAAUGCACCAGCCACCAGCGUUCAGCCGACGAUCGUCAAAGCUCCGCGUGAUAGAAGAAAAUUCAAUCAGAAGGCGAGUGAUUUUACAGAUAUCGGUGAUUGGCCAUCACUGGGAGCUCAAGGCGAGAAGAAGGCACCUGUACCAAUAUCCAAACAAAAUGGCCUCGUGAAACAGCCGCAGCAGCAACAGCCUCAGCAGCAGCAACAACAUCCGCAACCACAAUCACAAUCCCAAUUGCAACCUCAUCAAAGUAAUUUUAAUGAAAAAACCGGCGCCGUCAGUGAGGUCAACAAGGGAAAAGAAAACAAAGAGGACAAUUGUCCAGAGGACAGUGAUGACCAUGCAGAUAUUAAUGACAAAAAUAAAAAGAAAGUGAAUAAACACAAAUGGGUGCGAUUAGAAAUUGAUAUUGCAAAAAACAGAGGAAAAAGAGAACGUUCACCAAAAUAUCAAAGGGAAAACAGUCAUAGGGAAAACAGUCAUAGGGAAAUCAAUCAUAGGGAAAAAAAUGGCGAAUUUUAUGAAGAAGGUAACAGAGACAGAGAUCAUGAGAGGUCAGGACAUGGCUACCGAGGACGUGGUGGCUCAAGAAGUUACCGAGGACGAGGUAGAGGCCGUCAUAGCGGACGGGGAAAUUAUAAACACAGAAAUGAUAUCGAUUAUACAGAAUAUUCUGUAGAACGUACCCAGUUAAAUAAAAUUGCUCAUGCCGAUCAGUCAUAUAUGCUGCCUUACAUGGGAACAUUAUAUUUCAAUAAUACCAAUUAUCUUAACUUCGAUCCUACGACUCUCAAAGAAUAUAUUAGAAAACAAAUAGAAUACUAUUUUAGUGAGGAAAAUCUCCAUCGCGACCUUUUCAUGCGCCGUAAAAUGGAUAUGCAAGGAUAUCUUCCUGUCACUUUGAUAGCGUCGUUCCACAGGGUCCAAGCAUUGACGACAGACGUCUCAUUGGUGAUUGACUCAAUUAUCGAGUCGGACAAACUUGAAAUGACCGAAGACUUCAAGGUGAGAACUGUAAAUGAUCCCCUGAAGUGGCCAAUACCAUUAGGUGCACCAAAUCCAGUUUAUCUAGAUGUGGAAAAUUCUCAUGUCAUUAUUGCACAACCAGAAAUGUGUUCAUCAAUAACACCUAUUACAUCAGAAUUUUGUCCUGCCGCCAAACCUCUUCUUAUUAUUCCUACGCCACCACUACCUCGUGUUCUUCAGUCAGUAAUAAGUCCGCCAGUAAGAAUAAGUGAGCCUGAAAUUAUUUCAUCGUUGUCUGGUGAAACAUUAAAUCCUUAUGUACCGGAAUUUGUACCAAUUGUUGCUGCGGAUAUUAAUAAUCAAGCCACAAUGAUGAGUAAUGAUAAUUUAUCGUCAAAUGUUCAACAAAAUUCAUUCAAAUCAACAAAUAAAAAUUUAUCGUCAUCAAGUAAAAAUGAUACGCAGACAUCACAAUUAAAUGGAUCCAUUGAACAGUCAGACAAUGAUGUUUGGAAAGAAGUUAAAAGAAGAGUCAAACAACCGCCGAAAGAUAAAUUAGGGGAAAAAAAUUUAAUAAAAGAUCAUAAAGAAGAAGAGAGAGAAGAACUAGAUUUUCAAUUUGAUGAGGAAUUGGAUACUCCACCGCCUAUGGGACGACACAAUGCAUUUUCUGAAUUAUCGGAAGAUGACGAGGACUAUGAACUCUCUGAUAGAGACAUAAACAAAUUGCUUAUCGUAACACAAACUGCAAACGUACCAUCUAGAAUUCCAAAACACGAAGGUCAUGAUCGUACGGGAGAUUGGACGACCCGAGUUAAGAUGAGCCAAGAUUUAGAGCAAGCAAUUAAUGAUGGAUUAUAUUAUUAUGAAGAAGAUUUGUGGACUGAAGAUGGACAAAGAUAUGGAUCAUCAUCUUCAAUCGGUAGCUAUAAAACAGUUAACGUGAUAAGUCGAGAAGCAUUUGAAAAAAUGGCACCCAAAGCGCCACGAAAAGCGAACCCUGAAGUGCCACCACCUCCACCACCGCCACUGUCAUCAUCAGAUAUGGACUUGUCCCAGUCAUUACCAAACCAGGCCUCAAAUCUUGAUGACAAACGAGAGCGCAGAAGCCGCCGAAACGAAAGACGUGGUGCUAGUCGAGGUAGAAGAGGUACUGCACAUAGAUUUUAUGCUGUUGUUAAAGAUGAAACUCCAAUGGAUCCUCGGACACCCAGAAAACGUAAAACUCGUCAUAGUAAUAAUCCACCUGUUGAACAUCACGUCGGUUGGAUUAUGGAUGUCAGAGAACAUCGACCUCGAACUUAUUCUACUGGAAGUAGUACAGGUACGAGUCCAAAUGAAGGUUUUCUUGCUAGUAGUUACGGAAGUCAGCCUUCAUCAUUGCCAGCAUUUCAACAUCCAAGUCAUUCAAUGCUUAAAGAUAACGGUUUUACCCAACAAGUUUAUCAUAAAUAUCAUUCACGAUGUCUCAAAGAACGAUCAAAAUUGGGAAUCGGACAGUCGCAGGAAAUGAAUACACUGUUCCGUUUUUGGUCAUUCUUUUUGCGUGAAAAUUUCAACCGUAAAAUGUAUGAAGAAUUCAGAUCAAUUGCUAAAGAAGAUGCUGCUGAAGGUUAUCGCUAUGGUCUUGAAUGUUUAUUCCGAUUUUAUAGUUACGGUCUUGAGAAAAAAUUCCGGCCACAUCUUUACAAAGAUUUCCAAACCGAGACAAUGGCUGAUUAUGAAAGUGGUCAAUUGUACGGCUUAGAAAAGUUCUGGGCUUUCAUGAAAUAUUACAAACACGCCGACAAGUUGUGUGUCGAGCCUAAAUUACAAGAAUAUCUUUCGAAAUUCAAGAGUAUCGAGGACUUCCGCGUGGUCGAAGUAGGCGCGGAUGGAUCUUAAAAAAAAAAAAAUGAAAAGCUGAGAAGCAUUUUCCUAAUCAUUGUGUUUUUGAUACAACAUCUUUUGCUGGUUAUGUAUAACAAGUUAUUAUUUUUUAUUUUUCUUUGUUUGUUUGUUUGCUCUUCAAUACGCUGGUAUAUUUGAGAAACUCGAAGGUUGUAUUGACAAGGGACGUAAUUUAAAGUUUUUUUUAUUAAUUAAUUUCGGAUGUUAAAAACCAUUACAAGAUGUCAAGUACUAUCGCACUAUUGAAUGUCAUAUAUUUGACUUAUUUUAAUCACUCGAAAUUUAUUUCAUCGAAUAUAAAAUAGAAAAAUGCCUAAAAAGUAGGGUAAGAAAAUUUGACAUGGCCUCAAAAUAAAAUAUCAGAAAUCUAUUGAAAAUAAUUUUUGAUAUUUACUUGCAAAUAAAUAAUUGACAUCACGCCAUCGAUUACUGAGAUAUCAAUAAAUUAAAAUUAUAUUGUUUUUUUUCUUCCAAGUGAUUACAUCGUCUAGGGUAAGUGGCUGUGCAUACAUACGUUUUUAAUAAAUUGUAAUUAAAAUAAACUCAACAAUAUAAACAUUUUAAAAUCAUUUAAAAAUAUAUAAAUGCUUGAUUAUUAUAAAUUUUAUGACAACUGA